CGGCCCGGCCCGGCGCCCCCCGCAGCCCCGGGCGCCGCGCGCACUGCCCGGCCUGCGGCCCCAGCCCCUGCGCCGCUCGUCUGACUCGCGAUCGUCUACCAGAGUGUGCCGCCCGGCUGCCCGGCCUGCCCGCGUGCGUGCUUCGGUCUGGGCCGAUCUCCGGGCUGUCCGUCCACACUGGUUGGGCCAUGCCGAGUCGCCGCGUCGCUAGACCGCCCGCUGCGCCGGAGCUGGGGGCCUUGGGGCCCACUGGUGACCUCCCCUCGCUCUCGCUGGCCAUUUCCAGGACCACAGAUGAAUUGGAGAUCAUCGACGAGUACAUCAAGGAGAAUGGCUUCGGCCUGGACGGGGCGCAGUUGGGACAGGGCGAGGUGCCGCGCCUGGUGUCCCGCGGGGCGGCCACGCUGAGCACCGUCACCCUGGGUCCCGCCGCGCCGCCGCCCCCGGCCACCCCGCCACCCUGGAGCUGCCCCCUGGGUCGGCUGGGGCCACCCGCGCCCGGGCCGGGCCCGCGGCCACACCUGGUCAUCACCGAGCAGCCCAAGCAGCGAGGCAUGCGCUUCCGCUACGAGUGCGAGGGCCGCUCGGCCGGCAGCAUCCUGGGGGAGAGCAGCACCGAGGCCAGCAAGACGCUGCCCGCCAUCGAGCUCCGGGACUGUGUCGGGCUGCGAGAGGUGGAGGUGACUGCAUGCCUGGUGUGGAAGGACUGGCCCCACCGCGUGCACCCACACAGCCUCGUGGGCAAAGACUGCACCGAUGGCAUCUGCAGGGUGCGGCUGCGGCCUCAUGUCAGCCCCCGGCACAGCUUUAACAACCUGGGCAUCCAGUGCGUCAGGAAGAAGGAGAUCGAAGCUGCCAUUGAGCGCAAGAUCCAGCUGGGCAUCGACCCCUACAACGCUGGCUCCCUGAAGAAUCAUCAGGAGGUGGACAUGAACGUGGUGAGGAUCUGCUUCCAGGCAUCCUAUCGGGACCAUCAUGGACAGAUGCGACACAUGGACCCUGUGCUCUCCGAGCCCGUCUAUGACAAGAAGUCCACAAACACGUCGGAGCUGCGGAUUUGCAGGAUCAACAAGGAGAGCGGACCGUGCACAGGCGGCGAGGAGCUCUACUUGCUGUGUGACAAGGUGCAGAAAGAGGACAUCUCCGUGGUGUUCAGUACAGCCUCCUGGGAAGGCCGAGCUGACUUCUCCCAGGCCGAUGUGCACCGGCAGAUCGCCAUUGUGUUCAAGACGCCGCCCUACGAGGACCUGGAGAUCUCGGAGCCUGUGACGGUCAAUGUCUUCCUGCAGCGGCUCACAGACGGGGUCUGCAGUGAGCCACUGCCCUUCACGUACCUGCCUCGGGACCAUGACAGCUACGGCGUGGAUAAGAAGCGGAAACGGGGCAUGCCUGACGUCCUGGGAGAGCUGAACAGCUCUGACCCCCAUGGCAUUGAGAGCAAACGGCGGAAGAAGAAACCGGCUUUCCUGGACCACUUCUUGCCAGGCCACAGCUCAGGCCUGUUCCUCCCGCCAUCAGCCCUGCAGCCUGACACCGACUUCUUCCCUGGCACCGUCUCCCUGCCUGGCCUGGAGCCCCCUGGCGGGCCCGACCUCCUGGAAGACUUUGCCUAUGACCCCACGGCUCCCACACUCUUCACCCUGCUGGACCUGCUGCCCCCGGCGCCGCCACUUGCCAGCGCCGUCAUGGGCAGUGGGGGUGCAGGGCCCGCGGUGGCCGAGUCCCCGGGCCCCGAGCCACUAACGCUGGACUCGUACCCGGCCCCUAGUCUCGGGGACGGAGGCACCGCCAGCCUUGUGGGCAGCAACAUGUUCCCCAACCAGUACCGCGAUGCAGCCUUUGGGGGUGGCCUCCUGUCCCCGGGGCCUGAGGCCACGUAGCCCUCGCGGCGCCAGCGGAGGCGCUGGGUGGGGAGGGGUCCAAGAGGUCCAGCACCUCGGGGCCACAUGGAGGUGGCUGCCCUCCAUCAGGCUUCCUCCCUCCUCAUUCUUCGAAGUUGGACAUCUGCAACGCUGACAAGAAGCUCGAGAGCACGGGUUGCCCUUUAGCCCCUUUACAGAUGAGAAAACGGGGUGCGGAGAGGAAAAGGGACACUUUCCUGAGCGGCCCCCCAUGCGUGGGCACCUUCUCUGGCCGGAUUCUCAAAAGAUUGUACAUAGGGAGACGGCAGAUUUCUGAUCCUUCCUCCCAUUCCUGAAGAUGG